AUGGCGGAAGAGAUCAACAUACAGGUCUACAUGAAGGGGUUGUCCCGCGUCGAUCGCGUCGUGGAUGACUCUGGCUACGCAUUCACAGCUCUCGAUGUCAUCGAAAAAGGCUUGGUGAGUCUGGAGCCGAUCAAAAGCUACUCGCACUUGCUUUACGUGAACGUCUCCAAGAACCAAAUUGUCGAUGCUUCCCCGCUUUCGGAGCUUUCGUAUCUUGUGUGCGUGGAUCUAUCGAGCAACGCUCUCACAGAACCGCCAACUCUCCCACAGCCGUAUCUACAGUCGCUUGAUAUGUCUGAAAACCAAAUCUAUGCACUGCAGGGUCUUGUAUCGGGCUCUCUAUCCGUUCUCAAAAUCAACAGAAAUGCCUUGACGACCCUCGCUGGUCUUCACACAUUGCCGUCCCUCGUCACGCUAGAAGCAUCUCGCAACAACAUCGAAGAUAUUACCAGCCUUGUAAGUGAUACAGCGCCCAAACUAGAAGCACUUUGUCUGGAUGAUAACAAAAUCACGUCGUUGAGUGGCAUCGAAAGCCUGUCAGCGCUGACCUCGCUGUCGGUCCAGCAGAACUACAUCGAAUCGCUGGAGGCUGUGCAACAUUUGGAACAACUAACCAAGUUGACGACGUUGAGUCUGAUAGGAAACCCCGUGACGCAAGCCGAAGACUACCGUUCAGCGAUCAUCUUGUUGGCACCGACACUUACGCACCUGGACGGAGAGCUGCUAACUGACGACGAUCGCUUGGCUGCAGUGCAAUUAAAGCGUCAACGAGAGGCAGAGGCAGCAGAACAAGCUGAAAGAAAUGAAUAG